UCUCAAUGGCAAUUGAAAGAAAGUAACAACGUGGGAAAGCGGAGUGUAUUGUUUGUGGUUUGAUACACGAUGACCGGAAUAAGACGGCGUCCCGAAGCCAAGCCAAGACAAACAACCCAGACGUUAUCAACAGUUCGAAGACAUGCAUCCUAGAUCGUAGCUAAGUCGUGACCAAGUGCUAAAGAAGGAGAGGGACAGCGGAAGCGAUGGGUGUUCUUCUUCGGUGGGGGUGGCAUCUUGCUACCGUGUUACUUCUUGCCAAGUUGCGGUCCGUUAUCUCGCAAGUUGCCCCCCCUCCAAGAGAGGUCAUCGCCCGUUACGGUGAGAGCGCGGUCCUGCCCUGCGACAUCCAGUACCCCAACGGAGUCCUCCCAUUCGUCAUUGAGUGGCAAAGACAAGGCGUGGCCAUCCCUGUCUUCAUCCUCUUCAACGGCUACCCUCCCCACAUCGACCCCCAGUUCCAAGGUCGCGUCAGCCUGUUCCAACAGGCCUCCUUACGGAUCGACAAGGUGUUAGCGGAGGACGCGGGAUGGUACGAGUGUAAGGUCGUGUUUCUCGACCGCGUAGACAACACCCGCAAGAAUGGGACAUGGGUACAUCUCAAGGUGUAUGCUCGACCCACCUUCCUGGACAAGUCUCCAGCCCUGCUGCAGUACAGUGAGGGAGACACCGGGAGGCUCUUCUGUGUGGCAGCUGGGCACCCUCCACCUCAGGUUUUAUGGAAGAAAGGAGACCAGCCCAUCAUGCCGACCGUGCGGUACAGGCUCAGUGAGACCAGCCUGACGAUCCCGUCCCUGACGAGGGAAGACGCGGGCGUGUACACCUGCAAUGCUCAGAGCGAGGCAGGCGACCUACAGCACACCAUGAGGAUGGUCAUAUUUGGUCCUCCCGUGAUCAUGGUGCCCCCCCAGAACACCACAGGGGUGGUGGGCUCAGAGGUUGCCUUUGAAUGCCAAGCCGAGGCCUUCCCAUCCAACAUGACCAUGCGCUGGCUACGGGACGGGAUCAACGUCUUCUACUACACCUCGCUGUACUCUCGUGUCAACGUGCUAGGGGACGGGACUCUCAUCAUCAGGAGGUUACGGCGUACUGAUGUCGGGAUGUACACUUGUAGUCCGACCAAUGGGAUAGGUGUUGCACCAAGAGCUACGGCGUAUCUCAGGGUUCAGUAUCCUCCACAGCUGCUGCCCAUGCCAGCCACCCAGCUCAUCCCGAGGGGGGGAGAAGGCCGUAUCCGCUGCCCACAUGACGCCGACCCUCCCAUACACACCAUCCUCUGGAAGAAGAACGGUCGCGUCCUGGAUGUUGCAGCUGAUCCGUCCUUGUCAUCUGCUCGAGACGGCACCCUGGUCAUCGCAGGUGUGACGGACAUGGCUGCAGGCCUGUACAGCUGUAUUCCCAGGAAUGUGCUGGGAUCGGGAGGGGAGUCACCUUACAUACAGGUGUCUGUUACAGACCCCCCAGAGUUCACCGUGCAGCCAGAGCCGUCCUACUACGUCACAGUGGGACAGGAUAUCACCAUGGUGUGUGCUGCAACUGGAGAGCCAAUGCCAUUUGUCACAUGGAGAAAGGAUGGUGUUGAUCUGGAUGACGAGCUGUACGACAUCAGCGGAGGUAACCUGUCGCUGUGGGAGGUAACAAAAGAGGACUAUGGUCUGUACGAGUGCCUGGCACAGAAUGAGGUCACCACCAUCUCUGCCACAAGCCGCAUGUUCAUUCAAGGUACCUCGCCCCAUGUUCCAACCGACCUCUCUGUGGCCACCAGCAGUAACUCCGCCCACGUCUCAUGGCGGCCGUCCUACAACGGCGGGAGCGACCAGACCUUCAUCAUCUGGUAUCGAGCGGUGGCGGCCCGAGACUGGAACACUCUACAGGUCAAUGGGAAUCUGAACAGAUACACCGUGUACAACCUGAUGUCAUCUACCAUGUAUGAGUUCAGUGUCAUGGCUAGGAACAGACUUGGGGACAGCCUGUUCACCACUAUUGUUGUUAAAGCCACACAGGAGCCUGGCUAUGUAGACCCCUACAAGCCCCUCCCACCCCAGGAACUGACAGCCAAUCUUACUGAAGACGGAGUUGUCUUGAGUUGGCUGGCACCACCCCAGCCUCCCCUGGGUAAAGUCGUAUCAUACGCUGUGGAGUACAGGCAAGAGGGCACCACCUGGAGAAUCUUACAGGAGAGCAUUGGAGCAGAAAACACAACUGUACUCGUGGUGGAUGAUCUUUAUCGCCAAACAACGUACGAGUUUCGUGUGUUCGCCUUCUCGGAGGUGACCUUCAGCGAACCCAGUGAAGUCAUUUCUGUCUACACAGGAGACAUCCCAGUAUACACACCCCCAGUGGGAAUAGCAGGACAGUUAGGGGUUUCCACACCUGUCCUGGCAGGGGUGGCUGGGGGCCUCGGUUUUCUGCUCCUGGCUAUCUUGCUCAGCUCCUUUGCUGUCAAGGUCAUCAACAAGAGAAAGGUCAAAAGGAAGAAGCAACGGCAGGAAAAUGUGAAGUUGAUCAGCUUGUCAAAGUUGGCUCAAGACAGAGCAAGAUGGACUCCACACCAUAACAAUUAUUCUAACGGAUUCAACAAUGGCUUUGGAGGGCACAUCAAAAACAGGUUUUUCAUGGACACCUCCCAAACCCCACCCGACUCCUAUAGGAGCAAGUCUGCUUCAGAAAAGCCCAGUAUGUCGUCCCAGGAUAAGAACAUGAACAUACAGUACGACUCGCCAAGCAUGUACAAGUUGCUGAGGUCUUCACGUAACUUCAGAUACAACGUUGAGAUUACCCGACCAAUAGGAACCAUCAGUAGAGCCCCGGACGGUCGCUUUGUCUUGGGUCAAGACAAGGGUCUUACAAACGAAAGGCGACAUUCGCCGUACCAAACGAACGACAUCCUUCCGGUGCCGCAGCUUGUCCCGCCGGGCAGGCUGUUCCAUAUUUCCAAGGAUAGCUCGUUCUGUCCUGUGCCGCGGAUGCAAAACACAUUCCGACCAAUCCAACAAGAGGAGGUCACGCCCUCCCCAACCAGCAGCGAUGGCAGCUAUGGGAGCGGUCAUAGUUCAGAGGUCAGAAGAGCUAUGAUUCAACCUGUUUCAAAGAGAAGUUCUGCUAAGCCAUCCUCAAAAGUCCAGCCGAGACAUUUGUCACCUUAUUCAAGAGGAUCGCAACAAGUUGUCUCAGCAGACAUUCACAGUAGUCCCGAAUUAUUUAACACCACGCAACCUGCGAGGUACCGUAGCUUGCCGGGUCAAAGUCUGCAAAGAUACCCCAGCUCAGCUAGUAGUACCAAGUACCCUGGCAAUGGUCUGGGGAGAUAUUCGAGUACCUCCAGGACUUCAUUCGAGGGGGUUCCCAUGCAGCACUAUUUGAACACCAGACCUCAGAGCCACAGUAGCACCUCCAGUAGAGAAUCUCACAAAGUCUACCCCGCUGGGCCGCCAAAGCCGCCACGGCAUCAAGCCUUCCGAGAACCCGCCUUCCGAGUGUCUUAUCCAUACGUGCCAGAGGACAAUAGGUUCGCUCACAGUUCGCAGCUAGAUUUCUUAGACAACCGCCACAGUGCGCCGGUCGAAACGUUGUCCGCUCGGCAUCUCCACCGCGUCUUCCACAGCACUCCGCAGAGCAGCACGUCACAGCUGGACCACUCCGACUUCACCUUCGGAUCCGAGCAAACUCUCACCGGAGAAGAGAGCGAAGACAAGUCCUACAAGGGGAGCAAUGCUACCUUGGUGAACGAAAUAUUCACAGAAAAGAAACCGCCAACCCUUGAGGUUUCACCAGGCCGUGCCAGCUCUACUAGUGUCAGUAGUGGCCGGGGAAGUAAAACGUCCACGGUCGGUAUCUCUCGAGGCAGCAGUUUUAGGACAAGCGAAGGAGGGUAUACCUCCGCAGACCAUGACUCCCUCAGUAGUGGGUUUGUGAGUAAGAACACGUCCCACACCACCACUCAUGGAUCCCGCGGUGACAGCAGUGGUAACGUUAGCGGAGAGGACGGCCCGUUUGAUUUCACUAGUUCUGAACAGUCACCUGCUUCAGGGUCCACCCCCCACCCCACUGAUGCAGACGAACACUUUGAGUGGGACAGAACAGAGCCGCUGGCCUCAAACAUUCUCCAGGCAGUACAAAAAUACAUCAUUCAAGGCAGGAGCCCGCUUCCAAAACAGAAGCCUCGAACGAGCGAGACGAAACUGCCUGGCCCGCGGGAAAUUCGCAGACAUCGGAGGAUAUCGAGAUUUUCCGACGUUGACGCGCGGUGUGCUGCUCUGAAACAGGAGUUCCAAGAGUACAAACAGCGACAAAAGGAACUUGGAGAGGAUCAAAUUAACUAUGGGCAGGAAUAUGAAAGGACAACAAUGGUGUAAAAUAUCAGACUGGUAAUUAUAAGUUGUUUUGUAUUAUACACGAAACAGCUUCCCACUAAAAAAAGAUACUUCCAAAAUCUUGAUAUGAUCCCAUUUGCUGCACUUGCCAUAUGAAUGGAUAUGUAGAUCACUGAUUUUCUCUAAGCUUAGAGCAUCUCCCUAGGAUAUUUUUACCUUCGAUUAAGUAGAGAAUGUAUAUAUUUACAUUGGAAGUAGAAGCUCUAUUUUUGAUAAAUCUGAUGCAUAUUUGUUGUCAACAAUGAUUGUCACAAUUGUUCAGCUAUGCCUUUGGUUGCUCUUUCGAUUGCUUUGACUUCUACAUUUGCAGAAUUUCAAAUUGAAUUUCUCUCUGUGAAAGUGAACCAAAUAGAAAUCCAAGGAAAUUACUAGUGAGCAAUUUCUUGAUAGACCUGUUCACUCUCAUUUUAGUCUAGCCUGCAGGGUGAAAGAUAUUCUUACAUGUAUAAGUGACAAGCAAGCAGAACCACAUGAAGUAUACUUCUAUGCAUAAAAUCUAUGUAUAAAUUAUGUAUGAAUUGCUAUCAAUGCAGUUGUACAGAAAACAGAGACUUAAUAAGGAAUUGUCGAAAGAAGUUGAGGACAAGAAUGUCUCAGGAUCAAGAUUUUUAUUUAUAGCUUUUGAUCAGAAAAAAUGCUACUUCAUCUUUGUCAUUGCAAAUUAGACAAUAGUAUGAUGUUUUAUAUAAUAUAAUGGCAGUUAUAACACCAACUUCAUCUGUGGGGUAACCUAUAUCAGUUGUAUUUAAAAGAUGCAGUUUGAAACCACAGUUUGUCAACUACAUACAUGUGUACCCUUAAAUAUUCUAUUUCUAGAUACAACAGAUAUAGGUUACCCUGUGGAUAAAGGUGAACCAGCAUUAAGUUAAUUAAGAAUCAUUGCAAUCAGUUCAAACCUCACAUUGUAUUGCAUAUUUAAAUCUGGUACCCCUCUGUGAAAAGUUUAGUACAAUCAAACCUGCUCAAGACGACCAGUCGGGGACCGGGCAAAGGCAUUUUGAACAGGUGGCCGGUUUGAAGAGUAUCAUGUCACAACAAGCCUGCGGCAUAGCAUAAAUGAUCCCAAAGAUUCCACCCACACGUAUCCGCCGCCACUUUUAUUUUGAACAUAACGUCGUAUGGAAGUCAAAAUUUGACGCAAAUUGGCCAAUUUUGGCACAAAAUCAUGGUAGUUAUCAUUGAAAAUCGAUGACAUCUCAAGCUUCAAAAUGACACAGCCGUUAUGGGCAAGGAUUUGGUCCUGUCUGGCCCUAAUUUUGGGCGGUUGCAGGCGCAUUGGCCAGGUGGUCGUAUUGAAAAGGGCACUUAAUGCCUACGUCUAUGCGGAAAAUUUUGGGAACCGAGAAAAAAGCGGUUGUAAUGACCAGAUGGUCGGUUUGAAGAGGUGGUCGCUUAGGCAGGUUUGACUGUAGUUAAUGUGUGGAGAUUUCUUUGUGCUGUUCUGAAAUUACAAGACCUCUUUUGGAGUUAUUUUUGUGUGAGAAAUGUGAAAUGAUUGGUUAUCAGUUGCUUGUAUGUGUAGACUUUCUUCAAAGUUUCGUAUUUGUAUAUCUGGAGAUGUUUUAUUCCCUUUUGCCACAUACAUGCCAA